AUGAAUUACAAUUCAUACACAAACACCAUCCGCCUUCCUUCACUCACGCUCACCAGCGAGUAUGGAUUCUAUCGUCAACUGGGCUCAUUGGAAUGCAUACGAAAUCCACACAUACCACCACUAGAUCCGUGUGCUUUACCCGAACACGAACGGGAUCGGACGUUCGAUUUAGGUUAUCGACGCAUUCCAGGAGAUCAGUGUGUCGGCGGAUGGGAACCCCCUCGCUGGAAUCAGACUAUUGUGCACAAGGCUAGUCGAUGCAUGAUCAUAAACCAGAAUGCCAACUCAGUUCAUGGCAUAACUCCGACCGGUACGGGUACCAGCCUUGAAUCGAAUGGUGCGACCAAAAACACAUCACAUUUUCACAUCCCGUCCAAACCACCCAGUGGCUUAGAUGCACUCACGCAUUUGACGCACAUUCGUCCCACAUUUAUGAGUCGGCUGCGUGCCAACGGACCCGAUGUGACCAAACUUUUGGAUGCGGAAGAAUUAGCUAUACCGUCAGAAAUAACAGGUUCCGACGGAGAACAACAGCAACAACAACAACCAAGUGUAGUGUUUUGUGACCCACUGAGUGGACCUAGCGGCAGGAUAGGCCUGAAGUUCAGUAUCCAAACAGAUAACACCUUUUUCUAUUAUUUCGACUUCAGUAAUCUUAAAGAGAAACAAUGCGACUGGAUAUCUUUCCCGUAUUUCACUAAUUACGGUAAAGGAGAUGGAAACUUGUUGUAUGCUCUGGCUCGUCUUGAGGUCUGUCGGUGA